GGGAAAAUUAACUAAAAUGUUUACACAGAGAGCACCAGGAUGGGGCCUGUCCCACUUGUAGCUACGCUCAUACUGUUACGUGGUCUGUGGCUAUGUUAUGGAGGAUCAAAGAACUUGAUUGAGAAGAAGGAGGAGUCGACAGUCACGUAUGCUGAAGAACCUGAGGGUGAUCCUUUCAGAGCGUGUGCAUCUUCCUUCCUGGCUCGGGGCUCAGAGGCCAUUUGAGAACAUUUCCAGACCUUAGAAUGGCUCAAAAGCAACAACAUGGUUCCCCUCAGGACACUCAUCCUGCUGGAGUUCGACCUGAUCAGAUUCAGCCCCUUUUAGACGCGUGCAGAGAAGCAAAAAGGUUUGCGCACUGCCCUUACAGCAACUUCCCAGUGGGGGCUGCACUCCUGACUUGGGAAGGCAAGAUUUUCUCUGGUUGCAACGUUGAAAAUGCAAGCUAUCCCCUGGGUGUAUGUGCUGAACGUACGGCCAUCCAGAAGGCAGUGUCAGAGGGAUAUACGAAAUUUCGAGCCAUGGCUGUUACUAGCAAUAUGAAAGAAGCCUACGCCAUGCCUUGUGGGGCUUGCAGACAAGUGCUGAGAGAGUUUGGCAAACAGUGGGACCUCUAUUGUACCAAGGCAGAUGGGACGUAUAUAGUGAAGACUUUAGAAGAACUUCUACCUCACUCUUUCGGACCAGAAGACCUGAAAAGGACCUGAGGAAGAAGAAAGGAGUGCAACAUUUAUUCAUCCCAAGUGCAACAUUCUCAUGGCGAUCACACUGCGUGACUCAAAGAAAUGCCAUCCAGGACUAUACAACAAGCUAAUUUCUGGAUAAUUAAAGAUUACUAGUUACCAGCUUGCUAUUAAUGGCGUCUUAAUUCUAUUGUUCUGUUCCAGGCAAAAGGAAAUACAAAUGACUGGUUCUUUCUCCUAAUACGUGGCGAAUGAAGGUAACAUUUGUACCAGAGAAAUUCAUCCAGGGACAAAUGCAGCCAUUUGGACCAAAGAUUUCUGCAAGUCAUGCAAAGGCAGUUGGGAGAACAUUUGCUACCCUAAAUCUCUUCUUCGUUGAAUCAAGUCAGCCAGGAGGACAUGAAUCUGCAUUCCUGGAUUGACUGUUAUGCGAAUGAAGAGGCUGCGCAACUGUUAAUUAUAUUGUAUUUUAUCUGAUCCUGCCCUAAUUCAAAAAUGAGUUCCUGUCUCUCUUCCUUUUUUUUUUUUUUUUUGAUCUAAGAAAUAACAUUUUGAUUUUGCUUCUCCCUUGCACAAAACAAACCCAAGAUUCAUCCAUACCGUUUUCUGUUUUGGCUGCAUUGGAUUUUUUUCUGCAAAUUGUACAUGUUGUCCAAUUUGUGCAUCCAUACGCUACCCCUAUACAUUUAUUAUCUGUAUAAAUGUCAUACAUGGUGUAGUACACAUAUACAAAUACAACACUCAGGCUUGGACUUUAGGGAGUCUGCAGUUGGAAGGAAUUCCAGGGCAGGGAGGCAGCCUCAGGCUGCGCAUCUUAAUGGUCCUUUUUUUCUGAACUUGAUACACAAGUGGUAUCAUUAAGAAGGCCUCCUUCAGUGGCCUAUUCCCCCGCCCCCUGCUGUUGAGAAAUUCCAUCUGGUUGAAAAGCUUAUUGCUUUUGGAAGUGGGUGAGAUGUAAUUAUUGAGGGACAUUUGUAUUUUAAAAUUAUUUAUGCCUUGUGGUUUCUAAGCUGCCUUAACUGCACGCUGAAUAUCAUGUUAAUAUAGCAGUAAGUAAUCUUUCAUUAAGAGCCCCGUGGCGCAGUGUGGUAAAGCUGCAGUACUGCAGUUGGAGCCCUCUGCUCACGACCUGAGUUUGAUCUCAGUGGAAGCUGGAUCAGGUAGCUUGCUCCAGGUUGACUCAGCCUUCCAUGCUUCCGAGGUCGGUAAAAUUAGUGUAGAUGACAGGGGAGGGCAAUGGCAAACCACCCUGUAAAAAGUCUGCCGUGAAAACGUUGUGAAAGCAACGUCACCCCAGAGUCGAAAACGACUGGUGCUUGCACAGGGGACUACCUUUGCCUUUUAAAUAUUUCAUUAUAUGUAUUUUUACAUACAAUCUGAUAAAUAUAUAAACCCGACAUGCACAAAGAGAGAAACUGCACAAUUUCUCAAGUCUAAAAAUCGUAGGAUUCUUGAAUCGCCUUCCCCCCAAUCUUUCAAUUGGCUCAGUCCUGUCAAUUUUAGCUAUUUUCUACAAUCAGGGCAAUCGCAUCAUUACUGACUUGUGAGGAACUAUAGAGGAUCUGUGCAAUUUUUGUUUGCUUAUGAUAUCUUGCGGUUCCUAAACUGCAUUUAGAGCAGAGGUGGCCAAUUUGCAGCUCCAGAGCCACAUGUGGCUCUUUCACACAUAGCCCAGUCGGCUGGCUUGGAGAAUGCAUGUAAAGUUAAAGCUGCUUUCUUUCCCUCCUCCAUCCCCCAUCUAUCUUCUUUUUUUUUUUAAGGUUAAAUAAAAUUUUAUUACCAAUGUAAACAGCUUACAAAAAAUGAUAUAAUAGGAAAUUCAUACAAUCCACACAUAUGCAAUAAUACAUGCCAAAAUUCAAUUUAAACAAAUUAUGCCAAAGAUAGUCAACAAAAGUUAGUUUGUUUGUUUAGUAUUGUUAACUGGGCUGGGCUGCUGUAACAAUACUAAACAAACACAGACCCCAAUUUGUGAUUCUUUUAAUCUGCUAAAACAUUCCCAUGACUCUACAUACCAACUCACUGCCCACUUUCUCUGUAUUUAAAGAUGGCUUGCCUUUCCAUUUUCUCUGAUGAAGUCUGCUUAAGAGCAUACGAAAGCUUACAUUCUGAAUAAAACUUAGUUGGUCUUAAGGGUA